CAGACGAAAAGAAACCGUCGUCACGGGCUCGGAGUUCCGCAACUGCUGGCCACACGGGGGCGCCGCUCCCACAGCCAAAAUCUUCCGGCAUCUCAAUUGCCAAGCUCAGCGUCUUGGCCCAAAAUGCCCGGGUCCUGCUCUGAGAUCAAGCUGCGGGGAAGCUCCUGGCUGUCCUGGGCCCUCUGGGGCAGCUUGGCUCUGGCUCCGGCUUGCGGGUACGUGAUCGUGAAUUCGGUCUCCUGGUCGGUGCCAAACGAGGUGGAAGAAGAGCUGGACAGCUCCUCCAACGAAGAGGCUCUCCCCGCCCUCCUUGAAGACACCAGCAGUAUUUGGAAACAGAGCUACCCGGCCUCGGUGUACAAAGAAGAGGAGAUGCGAACCCGGCCGGAAACGGGGAGAUCGAAGCAAAUCUCUUCGCCGUCGCGGAUGUUUUCUUACCGGAGGGAGGGCUCCAAAGGACCGGACAGCCCAGCGCUUCCUCUGGAGCAAGCAGCCAGAACGGCCCGGUUCCUGAUGCAUCGCCACGGCUGGGGCUUCUUGGCCACGAUAUCAACCCAAGAAAAGAUCAAGGGGGCACCAUUUGGGACUUGUUUAUCUAUCAGUGAUGGCCCCACAGACAACAGCACUGGGAUUCCUUACUUUUACAUGACUCCAAAGGAUAAAACUGUAGCUGAUCUGGUGAAAAAUUCAAUUGCUUCAUUGACAUUACCUGAAGCAGAAGGAGAUUUUUGCAGAAAAUCAAUUGUUGACCCUGAUGACCCAAGGUGUACCAGGCUAACUUUUAUUGGAAAGAUGGUUACAGUGCCUCCAGAAGAACUGGAAUCUGCCAAGCAAGCUCUGUUUUCUAGGCACCCCAUAAUGAGAAAAUGGCCUCGCAAUUAUGAAUGGUUCUUUAUGAAAAUGAAUAUUGAACAUAUAUGGCUACAGGACUGGUAUGGAGGAAUUACAAUUAUUACUUUGGAGGAAUAUUUCAAAGCAGUUCCUAGUGAAACAUAAUUGAAUUUUUAAGUAUGAGAAUUCAGCAUUCAUUCAGAACAAAGAGUUUUAUAUACUAGGUUAUCGGGUAUUUAUUUAAUAUUUUUGUGCAAAGUUUUGAAUGUGGCUCCAUGUUAACUGAAGCAAAAUUACUUUUGAACGUUAGAAAAAAAGCUGCAGAUGUUAAACAGUCUGGAGACAGAUCAUACUAAGUUAUUGUUUAAGAUGUUUUGAAUACUUUUGGAUUUUUAUAAAUACGAAUCUCACACGAUCUAUUGAAAUAAUACAAUCUAAAACUAGGCAGAAAUUCCAAACCUAUAUGUAAUGAGUGGUAUAAUGAUUGAUAUAUUAAUGUCCCUAACUGCUUGUAAUCAAAUAUCUAAUAAUAUAUUUUAUAUAUGUUGCAUUUUAAUUAAAUGUAUAUUACAGAUUUAAUUUUUCCAUAGCUACAGGUUUAUCUUUUAAAUGAUUUAGAAAGAGCUUUAUGAAAAAAAAUAGAAAAGCUAAGAUCUGAAACUUUCCAGAAAUGAUUAGAUAAUUUACUUCACUUCAUUAUCUCAGACUAACAAAUACAGCUGGCAGUUAUUGUUCUGCAUGUAAAUAUUAAGCUAUUGUACAAAACCCUUACUUCUCAGAACUUCCUUGCUUCAGGAAAAAGAGAUCUGAAGUUAUUACUUCAUUUCCAAUAUGAUAUUUUUGCUAUUGUUUAAGUCUGAAUAAGCUACAGAGUGUGUUAACAAUACUCAGUGUUAACUGUGAAUUUUAAAUAAUGGUUUAUGUUUAUUUAUUUAUUUAAUUGAUUGAUUGAUUGAUCAAUCGAUUUAUUGACUUGUAUCCGUCCAUUUUACAUUUGUGAGUUCGGAAGGUGACCAAGAAAAAUUAUAAAUGAAAACAUUAGCUAGCUGAUCAUUUAAAACCAGCACUAAAAUUUAAGCUGUAAUCAACUAAAUUUUUGAUACAAUAUGAAUCAUUAGAAAUAUUGAUUCCAGGAGUAGAGGCCAAGCACAAUUUAUGGGGAAUUGUGGGAAAUAAACAAAAGGCCAUUUCCUGCAUGACAGAAAGAUAAACCAGCGGGAAUAUCUUCAAGAAGGCUAUUCCUGCUGGUCCCUUUUUAAUAUGCAUGAUAAUAUUUUUAUUUUAUUUAUUUAGUUUGUCACUCAUGUACAAAAUAACAGGAAUAAGAAUAAACAUGAAUAACAACACUAGGAAAUGGGUACAAAUAAAUGGGGACAGUACUACAGGGACAUUAGGCAUGCCAGUGCGCUUAUGCACAAUUAUACAUAACAGGGCAAGUGUUACAUUACAGAGGAAGGCCCUGAGCUGUUUAGGAUUUAUAGGACAAUUUCAACACUUUAAAGCACUGGCAACCAAUGUAGAUCUUUCACUAAAGGUGUUGUGUGAUUCUGGUAUCUUGACAACAUUCUAGCAACCAUAUUUGUAUCAGUGCAGUACUAGUUCUCUUUUUAAUUUGCAGUUCUAUUUUUUCAAGAAUUGCCCACUAUUGUGUACUGUACUAGUUGAGAUGGGACACAAUCAAGGCACAAAAUUUCAACUCCAAUCCUAGUGGCUCAUGAAUUGUUAUGGCUGACAUAACAGGUGUUUCAUUGUGAAAAAGCAUUCCUCACUGUAGCAGGUUUUAAAUCAAAUGCCUACAAACUUAAGACAGCUAAAACUGAGCAAAUCCUCCCACAUUACAAAUUUAGUCUCUUGGAGAAGUGUAGCCCUGUCAUUUGGACACAAUGAGAUAAUACACAUAAUUAAAAAUAGAAGUCUAAGCUUUGUCAUUGAAUUCCCAGAGACCUGAAUAGAGAAGAGGUAUCGUACCAGGUGAGUCUAAAACUCUCAUAUAAAUUAAACCUUCAACACAGCCAAGUUGAAGAUAUUACUAGCCCACAAUAAGGCAUUCCUCUUUUUUAUGCUGAUGUUUUAAAAUGUCAAAAAACAAGCCCUUUUUAAAAAUUAAGGGAUAAUUUGUUUUAUUUUGGGACCAGUUAAUAUAGAACAGUAUCGAGCCUUUUUGACACUGGGUGCUGAAAUGGGGGUGCAUGCAUGUGUGUCAGAAACCAGGGAGCAGCCAUCCGGUGCGCAUGCAUGCACUGGGGAAAUGAUGUUCAGAUUUCCGGCACAUGCAUGUAACCCGGCCACCUGGUUUUCCGGUUUCUGGUGCGCAUGCUUGCAUGAAGACUAGCUGGCUGGUGCGCAUGUAUGCAGAAGAAACCAGAUCAUCUUUCUGGUGGCUGCUCUUCCGGUUUCUGGUGCUUCUGCGUGCGUGAAGACCAGUUGACCGGCACGCCAGAACACGGAAGAGCAAUGAGCAACAGCUCAUGUGCUCAGAGAGAUGGCUCUGCGUGCCACUUCCAGCACGCGUGCCAUAAGUUUGCCAUCACGGAUAUAGAACAGACUAGACAUUCUUAAAGAACCUCUGUAAUAUAAUUUAUAAUUCCUGCAUCACCUGAUAUGUGGAAUUGGUUGUAGAGCCAGACCAGUUUCAAGUGUACAUAUUUCUCCUACACCUCCCAAGUGUGAUUUAUUACAUUUAUAACAUCUUUUCAUACUGCAACAUUAUGUUCAUGAUGAUCAGAACUGACAAUGGGUUGUUACAUCUAGAAAUGUUCUAAAUUAUAUAUAUUUAGCUAUUUUAUUUUGCUUAUAUCCAAGAGGUCAAUGGAAAUUUGUAAAUUCAUUACGCCCCAUAGUAAAUUUCAGAUGGCUUUUCUGUACUGGAAUUAUUAUUUUAAGAUGCCAUAUGGCAAGCAAAAGAUGGAUCAAUAGAUUUUAUUCUUAUUUAUGAAGAAUAGUAAAAUAUUGUAAUGUGCAUGCACUCAUUGUUCAGAGUAAAACAGAAUGACAUGUGUUGGUUUGAUUGUGCUUCACUAGUACUGUAUAUUGAAAGUGAUGCAUUUUUGUGUGUGAUAUCAUGUAUUUUUAUAGUGAUAAACAAAGGACAUCAUCAAGUUGCUCUUAAGAAUUCCAUUCAGAUCUAUCAUACCAAAUACUAGAUCAAUCAAAAACAAUCCAGCAUGAUCAUGCAUUAAACAAAUGAUUUUCAAUCACAAAACAAGAAUACUUUUGGAAGAGCAAGAUAAAUCUUUUAACAUGGCAUAGAAGAUUGUGUUUGUCAAUUAUUUUAUAUACAGCAUUAUACAACAGAUCUUUAGCAAUGGUAUAAUUACUGUAAAUAGCACAAUAUUAAUUUAUACCCCAAAUUUGAUGUGAUUUAACUAUUCUGAGUUGUCUUUAUAUUUUGUAAAAAUGUCAUGGUAACUCACACAAAUAUGGCUUUCAUAGUGCCAAGAUAAGAGCAACACAUAUGCCUUCAAUUACCUGUUGGAGGUACAUUCUAUUUGCAUAUGGGCAACACAGGAUUUAUGUGGUUUGUUAACAGCAAAGUGAGUUUGGCCCAGAAAUAUUUUGGGAGGUGUUUCAAUAGUUUUGAAAGAGAAAUAGGGGCCUUAAACAUCUGUAAUGUGCAAAGAAUAUAUUUUGCUUCCUCACCUUCCCAUAUGCAAAGUUUGGGUCCUUUAUACUUUGCAAGCAUUAGGAAAUAUAAAAGAACUACUAAAGGUAGGAGUCCGACUCCACUAAUCAUUGUCAAGUCUAGGGGGCAGUGCUCAUCUGUUUCAAGGUCAUUGGACCAGCACUGUCCAAAGACAUUUCUGUGGUCAUGU